AUGUUAUAUAUUAUACCAUAUUAUAUAUUGUUAUCAUUGGUUGUCCUUUCUUUUUCAUCUUCUGUGAUAGUUCAACAGCAACAAGUACCAUUCAGGGCGUCUCGUCUCUUCGACAGUAAUGACAAUAUACAGCAGCAAUAUGAACAAAGUCUAGGACAUCUCCUUAAGAACUUCAAUCCUUCUGGUACCAGGCGUGGAUUUUUUGCAGCGUCUCCUUCCAAGAGCAAGCCAGAUUAUUUUUAUUCUUGGACUCGUGACGCCAGUCUUGUAUCAAACGUUCUUGUCACUCUACAACAACACAAUCAAUUGGAUUUGAAGCAGGUACUGUUUGAUUAUAUCGAUUUUCAGGUACAUACUCAACGUAUUGUCAAUCGUACAGUCUGUCAAUGUCUUGGUGAACCGAAAUUCAAUAUGGAUGGAUCACCUUUUCUUGAGACAUGGGGAAGGCCUCAAAAUGAUGGACCUGCUGAACGUGCAAUAACCAUGAUACUAUUCGCUAAGAGUCUACAGGAACAAACAUCGUCUAACAAGACACAUGAUCUGAAUUACAUUACAUCAUUGUUGAAGCCAUCUAUUUACUUGGAUUUGGAUUAUGUUGUGAAAAAUUGGAAUAUGCGUUGUUUUGACCUAUGGGAAGAAAUCAAAGGUAUACAUUUUUUUACUUUGAUGGUCAUGCGAAAAGGAUUAUUGGAUGGAUCUGAUUUUGCUUUAAAAUAUGGAGAUAUCAUGCAAGCUCAUCUUUAUCGACAUACAGCAAGACAAAUCCAAGAUCGUUUGGAAACGUUCUGGUCCUCACAAGAUGGGUAUAUUCGAGUGACUCAAGAUCAGGUACAAGGACAGUUAAAGCCAUCUGGAUUGGAUACAUCGAUUAUAUUGGCCGCAAAUCUUAUCUCAUCACUCAAUGAUGGAUUUUUUACUCCUGGAUCAGAUAAAGUUCUUGCCACAGCCAAGAUCUUAGAAGAUACUUUUGAUCAACUGUAUCCAAUUAACAAGGAACAAGGUAUAGGUGAGCAUAGACAUCACGGGGUGGCCAUGGGACGAUAUCCUGAAGACAGAUAUGAUGGCUACGGGACAUCCAUGGGUAAUCCUUGGUUUUUGACUACGGCGGCGAUGGCAGAACUCUAUUAUUUGGCAAUGAUGGAAUGGUAUCAACAAGGAUGGAUGGAAGUGAAUGAUAUCAACCAUGCAUUCUUCAGACAACGUGACAAGACUGUAUCUGUGGGACAUGUCUAUCGUCGAGGUAACCGGGAUUUUGAUUGGUUCUUACAUACUUUGGCCUCUGAUGCUGAUCGCUUCUUCGCUACCAUCCAGUACCAUCAAGCACAAAAUGGUGUCCUUUCUGAACAGUUCAAUCGUUUCUCUGGCUUUCAACAAGGUGCUCCUAAUCUCAGUUGGUCCUACUCUAGUUUGAUUUCGGCUUUAAAUGCACGUACUCGGUUCUACCGUAGAUAG